AUGCAGAAGUAUGGAAACGAUCCCAUCAACAUCAGUAUUAUCAAAGUCGACGAUGACAUCAAUGCGCUUGAUGAAAUUUUGUCAGACCUCCCAGAAGUGGCUUCACAGGCUCCAAAAGCUGAGUGGGACGUAAUCAGUGAUGAUGAUGAUCUCGCCGUUGUUGAUGAUGAUGAUGAUGGGAGUAAGAAAAUCGUUGGGAGCGAUGAUUUUAGAAAAGAAUUACACGACGGAAAAGAUGUUGACAACGGAAACGGAAGUGCUUGUGAUGACGUUGCAGUGGAUGACGCCAAUGUUGGUGACGUCAUAGAACGUGAAACUGUAAACAGAGGAAAUAAAGUAACCUUCAAGUGGCAAAUUGAUGAAAUCAUCGUGGCCGGCAACAAAAAUGAGGACCUGGAUAAAAAUGUUGGCAACAAGGUUGACAACAUUGUUGAAUCUCCUGAAUACGUUGUGGCAAGUAAGAAAGUCAAGAUGAAUGCUGGUAAUGAAAUUGAGAACGAAUUGAAUAACUUUAAUCAACCACAAAUUGAACAGCAACAAAAACAAAACAGCAAUCAGCAACAACAUCAACAACUAAAUGACUACCAGCAACAACAUCAACAACAAAAUGGUGACCAGCAACACGAGGAACAAGAAGAUACAGUCUUCAAAGUUCAUUUUGAAGUGUCCGCCUCUCUCGUUGAGAUUCCAUCAUCUUCCUCAUCUUCUUCCUCCUCAUCAUCAGUUUUCAUGGACGACAGCACUGAUUCACAUCACCAACAUCACCAUCACUACCACCAACAAGACAAACAAACAUCAACAAUAGCAACAACAACGAUAACAACGCCGACAUCAACAACAACAUCAACAAAGCCGAAUACAUCCAGCAAAGAUAGCUCCGACAAAACUUACAUUUACGAAAUACUCCAAGAAAAAUCGGCAACCGGAAACGAUCUCACUACCGGAUCCGAUUCCAAAAAUAGGGAUGUGCUGGUGACGAGGGUGUCCAUGCACGUGAACAAACACGCCAUUGAUGGCGUCAUCGAAAGAGAAACUGGGAAGCUGCAGUUCAUUCCGGAAGAUGAAGUAAACUGGGGAUAG